AUGGACGGCAAGACGCCUCAUUUGCUGCCUCUGAGUCUGAGCGAGGCCAAAAAGAAGAUCCGGGAUGACGUCCCACUGGUCUGCGGAUGGGCGCUCCUCAACGCCUUCGCCACGGUCUGCGGCGUAGCAAGCGGCUACAUAGCCGAGUACAUCCAUGUCUCGUGCAGCCAGUCCUCCUUCAUUCUGCCCUGCAUCGAGCUGACAGACGCGGAGGCCGCGAGGGUAAUCGCCCUCUGCAUCGGGAUGAUGUGCUGCGCCCCAACCCUGGCAGCCGCGGCGGCGCUGGCGCUGCUGCUCCCAUGCCGCCGUCGCCGGGCCCGCCGUGCCCUCGCCUACCUCGCCCUUGCGGUCACCGUCCUCUUCCAUUGCAUGUACGCCAGCGCCGUCUGGAUCUUCCUCGCCGCCGACCCAGGAUACAUCUUCGGCAGGAUCUACUUCACCGCGGGCUUCUGCUUCAUCGUGGUGGGCGACCUCCUCAGCUUCCGGGCCCUCCUGGGAGGUGAUGGGUGGGGCAUGAAGUACGUAACCUAUUUCUUCUGA